AUGUCGUAUAUUCAGCUGCUACGGACGGUAGAGAACGAUGGAAGUGAUUCCGGCGGAGGUGGCGGCGGCGGUGGCGGUGACGGUGGCUGCAGCGGAAAGGCGGCGGCGGCAGGACGACGGAUGGCAGGCGGUGCGGCGCGGCGCGCAACGCGGCCGCCGUCGGUGCCCGCGCGGAAGCCGUCACGUCGCCACGACGGAAUGCCGCAACGGAGGCCGGCGGCUGGUCGCGGAUGGCCGGUGAGUCCGCGUGCGGAACAAACUUGA